AUGGCGGCGACCGAAGUCGAGAGGAAGAGCAGGAAGAAGUCCUCGCACUCUUCGUCCAAGACUGCGAAGCCGCGCUCCUCUUCUAGGAAACCACGCGUUUCGGCUUCAGUGGCAGACAUGUACUUGCAAGAUUACGCGCCUCCGGUCCAGGCGACCUCUCCUCAGCGUGCAGCAGCAACGAGGCCUCCCCCGACCCUCUAUGGCUAUGCCGCGAGUCCGCCUCAGCACUCCAUUUAUCGCCAGAUGCCUGGGUCCUUUCCAGAAGACAGUUACCGAUAUGGCUCUCCGCCACCGCAGCCUGUUCAGCCAUACGCUAGUCAAUCAACGAUCCGCUUUGCUUCUCCGCCACCCCAAGAACCCCGCGGUCAAGGCCCUUUCGAACAACAAUGGAAUAGUCUCGACCGAAUGGCCGCCAAAUCCUACCUGAAUCUUCGCGAUACGGCUGGAAAGAGUGUCACGAAACUGACGACCAACUGCAUUGAGCGGCCCACCGCAGCUGUCGCUACAAAGAGCAUGCAAACGUUGUGUCGCGGAGCUGCGCUAUACGAUAUGAUUAGUUCGAAGUUCGACGCAGUCAUCACCAGCAUUGAUGACGAUCACUUCAGCGGCAAAGAACAAGACCUCAUGAUGGAGUUCAGCGAGCAGCAGCAAGAAGAGGCUCAGAGAACGAGCCCUCCUCUUGGUGAACCAAGACGCCGACGCCAACACGAAGUGCAAUCCCACUCUAGUAGCGAUAAAGGGUCGAAUCAUUUCUCCAAAGUGUGGCUAUACUCCAACUCCCGAUUACCACCACAUCUGCCGCCUUUCAAGGUAUAUCUACCAACGUAUCCUCUACUUUGCUUGGCCGCAACCUACUCGGAGAAGGCGUACACGCCGCCAGGCACGAAGAAGAAUCCCGAAAUGGAGACUUUCAUUCCUGCUGAUUGGCGUAGCGGCACAAAAGCCAUGGUACUCAAGUCCAUCCCUGUGGAAGAACUGAAUACUAUUGUCUUCGCUAUUCGCGGAAGCCAGACCUUUAUGGACUGGGCUGUCAACUACAACUCGGCACCCCACAGCCCGGAGAAGUUUCUUGACGACCCAUCAAACCUGUGCCACGCUGGCUUUCUCUACGUGGCCAAGAAGAUGAUCAAGCCCGUGGCAGAACGGUUGAAGGUCUUGCUCCAAGAAAACCCCGCGCGUUCAAACUGCAGUCUACUCAUCACCGGACACUCCGCGGGCGGAGCAGUCGCGGCACUGCUUUACGGACACAUGAUGAGCACAAAGAUCAAUUCUGAGCUUAAUUACCUGACCAGCUUCUUCAAGCGCGUGCACUGUGUCACGUUCGGUGCGCCACCAGUCAGUCUGCAUCCUUUGAAGAAGCCUGAUGACAAGCGACAUCGUAAAAGUCUCUUCUAUGCCUUCAUCAACGAAGGCGACCCGAUACCGCGAGCGGACAAGAGCGUGCUGAAAAGCUUGCUGAAGCUCUAUGCCAGUCCAGCACCUGUCGCGGCUUCUAACCUUGCUUCGACCGUUGCAUCGGUGUCUAAACCCAGCCUUCUAGACCCUUCGCGGUCUUCCCCACCGAAACCGAAAUCGAAGUAUGGUUUUGCCCCGCGCCUUAGCAGGCCCUCCAAGUCUUCACUACAAACGAACACUACAAACUCGACUUCUUCUUCCUUGCCUGCAUGGCCAAUACCGCAGUGUACAUUGUCACCUGCGGGGCGAUUGGUAGUGUUGAGACAACGAGUUGGAAGCAGAAGUGAGGAAGAUAUCGAGGCAGUAACGGUGGACGACGAGAUGUUGAGGAAGGUUGUAUACGGUGAUUUGCUGAAACACCAGAUGACCGUCUACAAAAAAAGGAUUGAUAGCGUGGCUGUUAGGGCUGUCACCGCGAAUGGGUGCUGA